CCCCUGGCUGUGACGUGCGUUGCCAUGGUGACGUCCGGACAGCGUCUCGCGGAGGGAGGGGGAGGGAAAGAAGGGAUGAAAACAAACAUGGCGGAAAGGAGCAAGACGACAGAAACGGGUAGUGACAUAGGAAUAGAUGAAAUUAUCACAGGAAACUUAAACAAAUGCACUGCUGUUCCACCAGGGUAUUUUGGACAACCAAAAAAGGGACAUCUCAUAUUUGAUGCCUGCUUUGAGAGUGGUAACCUUGGACGUGUGGACUAUAUUACUGAAUUUGAGUAUGACCUGUUUAUCAGACCAGAUACAUGUAAUCCCCGUUUUCGAGUCUGGUUCAAUUUCACAGUUGAAAAUGUGAAAGAAUCUCAGAGAGUCAUUUUCAACAUUGUAAACUUCAGUAAAACAAAAAGCCUCUAUCGGGAUGGAAUGGCUCCAAUGGUGAAAUCCACAAGCAGGCCGAAAUGGCAAAGGCUGCCACCCAAAAAUGUGUAUUAUUAUCGCUGCCCUGAUCACAGGAAGAACUACGUUAUGUCAUUUGCUUUCUGCUUUGAUCGAGAGGAUGACAUAUACCAGUUCGCUUACUGCUACCCGUACACUUACACACGGCUCCAGCAUUACCUUGAUAAUUUACAGAAGAGGAGCAUGGACUACUACUGCAGAGAACUUCUGGGACUUAGUGUGCAACAGCGGCAACUUGACCUCUUGACUAUAACCAACCCUGAAGAUAAAACUGAUCUUGAAAACAGUGUGAUGCAGAAGAAAAUUAAAAUCCCCAAGCUUUCUCUCAAUCACCUAGAAGAAAUAGGAAAAAUUACAAAUUAUGGGAAUGAAGAUAUGGAACUUAGACACUGUAAGAGACAAGAUGGAAGGAAACAAAAUGAAGGUACGCACAAAAGCAUUGAAGCAGUUGUUGCGCGCCUUGAAAAACAAAAUGGAAUGAGUCUCAGCAAUUCCUGUCCUGCAGCAACAUUUAUGGAAACUUCAGAAAGGAUGAACAAUAUGGACGAUGCUGUAGUUCCUCGAGUUCUUUAUGAAGAAUUGCUGCGAAGCUAUCAGCAGCAGCAGGAAGAAAUGAGACACAUUCAACAAGAACUUGAGCGAACAAGAAGGCAGCUUGUUCAGCAAGCAAAAAAGCUAAAGGAGUAUGGGACAUUAGUGUCAGAAAUGAAGGAGCUCAGAGACUUGAACAGACGGCUACAGGAUGUACUGCUUCUCAGACUAGGCAGUAGUCCUGCGCUAGACCUUGAAAAAGUUAAGCCAGAAUCCAUUGAGCCUGAGCCUGAGCCUGAAGUACAGAAUGCUUCCAGUGAGGAAGCAAAUACAUCAACUGCUGCUGUUCCAGCAAUGGACAAAUAUAUUCUUGAGAAUGGAAAGGUCCAUCUUGGCUGCGACAUCUGGGUAGAUGGGGAGAGAUGGCACCAACUGCAAGUAGCGCAAGGGGAUUCAAAGUUUACAAAAAAUUUAGCGGUUAUGAUCUGGGGAACAGAUGUUCUUAAGAACAGAAGCGUCACAGGAAUCGCCACCAAAAAAAAGAAAGAUGCCGUUCCCAAACCUCCUCUGUCCCCUCACAAAUUAAGCAUUGUCAGAGAAUGUUUGUAUGACAGGAUAGCACAAGAAACGGUGGACGAAACUGAAAUUGCACAGAGACUCUCCAAAGUCAACAAGUACAUUUGUGAAAAAAUCAUGGAUAUCAAUAAAUCAUGUAAAAAUGAAGAAAAAAGAGAAGCAAAAUAUAAUUGGCAAUUUUGAAUUUUUAAUAAAGCAUUAGUGUUUUACUCUGGUGGUGGUCUUGAUUUCAUGGUGUUGGGCUGAAGGGCUAAAGUGACUUUUUGGUGUGGAUUUUAUUAUGAAAUACUGGCUUAUUUUUAAACAGUUUUGAGAAACUACUCAUCUAAGUACUACAGCAAAAUAGAAUCAAAUUCCCUAGUUUUUUAAGGAAAGUGACAUGCUGACUGUGGUUCAGCCUGUGGCAGAUCAUUUUGCAAGUCCCAGACCUAUAUACUACAUUGUCAUCCUAUUGUUCCGUGGAAUAAAGAUGCUUCAUUCACAAAGUAGUUUUCAAACAGCUUUCUUUUUAGUUGAC